GCCACAUCAUCAGUUUUUUUGGUGAGUCACUAACGGAAUAAUGUUUGACCGUCAAUAUUAACGGUCAAAGAAAAUUUUGUGCCAAAUUUGUCCAAUAGUUUCAAAAGUAUGUCAUAAAUGUCUUAUUUAAAAAAUGGGAUCAGAAAUGUCACUCACGCCAAACUUCGAGCCAAAUUAGGGUAUUAACCCUAAGUAAUAACCAUUUUCUGAAGUAAGAAAACAAAUAUUCCUUUUGCUUUUCUUUCUAAGCAAUGGGCCCAAUUGAACGAAGCCCAAGACGGCGAAUAUGCUUCCAACCGCUAGCAUAGGUCACUCGCAUCGCGUGCAUAUCGUUUCCCUACGGAAAGGACAAAUACCCAAAGCAUCAUUUCUUGCGCAGCUGAAAGAAACUCAUCAGGACACUCAAGACGCCUAUGGCCAACGACAUCGACGCCGAGUUUCCUCCCCAAAGCUUCUGCGAUUCGCCUAGUUUGCUUCCUCUCCUUUCCGAUCCUCACGCUGGUCCAAGUCUCUGAAACAGGUCGGUCAGUUCACUGUGAAGUUCCAUCCAUGAAUUUGAACGAUUUCUGUUUAGGAAGGGGGCGUUUGCCAGUGGUUGAUUCCAAUUUACCUUCUUUUGGGUGUUCUAAAGAGAAAUACGAACUGGGUUACUUAGUUUCUGAGACAGAGCUGCUGUAUCUGGUAGAGGUGCAGAAUCGUUAGCGAAUUUGGGGAAUGUUUGACUUGAUAGAUUGAACUCUCAUUGAGGUUUAUUGUUCUGGCUGGAGUAGGGAAACUUCAUUCCCUAAUCUACUAGGUUCUUAUUAGAGCUUCCAGUAUAGUCAAAGGCUGGCAUUGAGAACAGUGCGCCAUGGGAACUGUGUGUGUGAAAUGUAAAGGGCUUGAAAUGAUUAUCCGUUGAAAUUGACAUGUCCGUUAGAUUUGUGUAGGAUUAGUUAGGUAUUCCCCGUCUUCUUUCUAAGAAUUUUGUAGUGUCUGGUGGACAUAUAAUAGUGUUUGCUGCUGUUUAUUCUGAUUUAUCCUUUCUAUUGAAAUUGUAUUUUUGAUAAGAAUUGUCUAAGCAAUGGGUGAUGCAAUUGAUUUAACCGAUGACGGAGGUGUCAUGAAGAAGAUUGUAAGGCGUGCAAAAGCCGAUGCAGUUGAGCCUUCAGAGGAUCUUCCUCUUGUUGAUGUUCAUUAUGAGGGGACAUUAGCCGACACCGGGGAAGUCUUCGACACCACACAUGAAGACAACACCAUCUUCUCAUUCGAAAUAGGAAGUGGCUCGGUGAUUCGGGCAUGGGAUGUUGCAUUGAGAACUAUGAAGGUGGGGGAAGUUGCAAAGAUCACUUGCAAGCCAGAGUACGCCUAUGGCAGAGCAGGCUCUCCACCAGAUAUUCCACCAGAUGCAAUUCUUGUUUUUGAGGUGGAGCUUGUGGCUUGCCGUCCUCGCAAAGGUUCCAGCAUGAGCAGUGUUUCGCAGGAGAGAGCUAGGCUAGAGGAGCUGAAGAAGCAAAGGGAGAUGGCAGCCGCGGUCAAAGAGGAAGAGAAGAAGAAGCGAGAAGAAGCCAAAGCUGCAGCCGCUGCUCGCGUUCAGGCCAAACUAGAUGCAAAGAAGGGCGGAGGGAAGGGUAAAGGGAAGUCUAAGUAGGAUAUGUUCCCUCUUCCUUCCCAGUUUUAGUUCAUCUCUAUUGUUGUAUUUCGAAACUCAAGUGUAGUUGUCGACUCACUUAGAGCAAGCAUUCGCAUCAAUAAAUUACCAGUACCUGUACUACCAGAUCGUUCUAGUAUGAUAUCAUUUUGAAUUCACAGUAGAAGUAUGAAGAUACUAUAAUAACGGUGAUUUUCGAUUGCCAACUUCCCGAUUAAUCUAAAUUACAAAAUGUUGUGAUGUUACUAAAUACAUCAAUGCGCA